AUCUAUCAAUAUUCUUCCUCAACCGUGUUCAAGGUUUUUAUGUUGUUAUCGCGUCUGUGCAUAAUUUUUCUCUCGUUAGUUGCACAAAUAAAAAUUAUUAACUAUUGCAAAAUAUUUCUCAAAUUAAGUAAAACAUGUGUUUAAUUGUAAAAAUGUGCUUUUAAAAUGUUAAAUUUUGUUUUAUCAAGUACUAUCAUUCCUUGCAUUGUCAGUAAAUUGUCUAUCGAUAUUUAAUUUGAACUAAAGAAUAAAAGGAUUAUGGAUAAAGAAUCAAAUCCUGCUUCUUUUAAAUCUUUAUUAGAACAGUUUGAACUGACGAAGAAAGAAUUGGGCAAUGCUGAAGAGAAUAUUCGAAGAAUUACAGGUCGCGAUCCUGAUCUUUUUCCCAAGGAUGGUUUAGGGCAAUCUGGACCUGGUAAUAAAUGGAAACAACAAGCUGGAAUGCAACCAAGUAAACCUUUCGUUGGGAGAAACAAGAGACCAUUGUUCCCUAUUGUAAAAAUGAAGGAGGAGGAAGACGAAGAGGAAGAAAGAAGAGAUGAUGAAAGUCCAGAUGAAGAAAUACCUGCUAAAAGACCAUCAUUACCAUCAACAGUCGUUGCCACCCCAAAAGAUUUAAAAAGCCGUCGGGAAGCUGUUCAAGAGCAGAAUGUUAAUUCAAAAGUGAAAGCAAGAAAUCGUAGGAUGUUUGGAAUGAUAUUGGGUACAUUGCAGAAGUUCCAGCAUGAUGCUAAAAAAAGAAAAGAACAGGACCAAAAGCGGGCAGAAAUUGAACAAAAAAUUGAAGCUGCUUCUGUAGAAGAGAAAGAGAGAAUUAAAAAAGAAAAAGAAGAAUGGUUUCAAACAAGACGUGAGAAACAAACACAAUUGAGAUGUUUAGAAAAGAAAUUGGAAAUUGCUGAGCUUCAUGAAGUGUGGGAAAAAAAUCAAAAACAUUUGAUAAAUUUCAUUGUGACUAAAACUCAGCCACCUAUUACAUUUCUUCCCACUAGUCAUACUCCUGAAUCUUCAAAACUCUUGAAAGAGUCCAAGGCUAAAGUAUUGGAAUCUAUUCGUGACAAGAGAGAGAAAAUGGAGCAAGAACUACAAGAAGUUGAAAAAUGGUACCAAAAAGAUAAUUUCCCCAGUGACAAAGAAAAUAUUGGUCCAACUGAAGAAGAAUUGAUGGAAUCGGCAGAACCUGCUGAUAAUCCUGAAGGAGAAAACAAUGGGAAUUCAACUACACAACCAGAAAUGCAGGUUCCACAGAAAGAACUUGAAAGUAAUACCGAUGGAGUGUCAGAAUCUCCUCAAACUGUACUAAAUACCCAAGAACCUCUUGAAAUUUCUCAAGAAAUUUCUGUAAAUGAAUCCGAAAAUGCUGCUAGUGAUGAAGAGAUGGCACAAAAAAAUAAUAAUGAGGAGGAGAUCAGUAAAAAACAAUCUGAUCAAGAUUUUGAACCUAUUUAUGAUUAAAAUCAUCUGUAGAAAUGAAACUUCAACCUGAAACUGAAAUUUUAAUUAACUUGUUCAGAUGAUGGAGUUAAAACUACUUAUGUAAAUUUUAAAGAUAAUGAUACUCUGAUGUAUUACUUGUGGCUUAUUUAAGCAAUAAGUGAACUGUUAAAAUGUGUAUAAUACUUAUUGAAACUGAUAAGUAGAUUGCUUUACUUGCUAGUUGACUAUUUUGAAGCAUUUGUUUCUUU